UGUACAAGGAGCUGGGAAUCUCUUUCAGAAAAUGCACGGGAUACCAAGAGGUUUGGUCUUCGCCAUUUACUAUCCAAUCCUUGCAGCUGUCGGAGUUCCAGCAAACUUGGCAGUGAUUGUGAUCCUCCCUCAAAGAACAUGUGGUCUGUCAAGGUGCAUCCUUUUCUACCUGUUGGCCAUGGCGGUGACAGAUUUACUGAUCAUGGUAAUAGUUGUAAUAUUAAACCGGAUUGUUGGGAUUUAUUUCCCAUUCAGCAUCCUUUCUAUGACUUCAAUAUGUAGCAUUCGUGCGGUUUUAAAUUUUGCAGGCGUUGAUAUUUCUGCCUGGUUAACAGUCGCUUUUACCUUUGAUCGUUUUGUGGCCAUUUCUUGCCAGAAGCUAAAAAUAACGUAUUGCACUGUGAGGACAGCAGCAUGGGUUACAGUAUUCAUUUCUGCAGUGGUUGGUGUGAAAAAUACUUUUAUGUAUUUGGUGUAUGAACCCAUGUAUGUAGUGAACAAUGUAGCCUGGUUCUGUGGUGUAAAAGCAAUAUUUUAUAAGUCACCAGAAUGGGCUGCCUAUGAUUGGAUUCGGAUCAUUUUGACGCCUUGCCUCCCAUUUAUCCUAAUUUUACUGCUCAAUGCUCUGACUGUCAGACACAUUCUAGCAGCAAAUAGGGCCCGCAGGAGACUCCGAACACAGAGCAAUGGAGAGAAACAGAGUGACCCAGAGAUGGAGAAGCGGAGGACAUCCGUUGUUUUACUCUUUGCUAUCUCGGGCAGCUUCAUCCUGUUGUACUUAUUAUUUUUUAUGUCAACUGGUUAUGCCCGAGUUCAAACCUCACUUAUUCUGCAGGGUACGAUUCCAGUAAUUCCACUUCAUAUUUUCUCCAACAAAUCGGACACACGCUUCAGUUACUGA